CUAAAUAAGUUCCGACACGAGUUCUGGUAGCAUCUUCUAAACGGGCAGCAUGGCAACUGCAGGCGUUCAGCCUCAGAUGAUGUGAUUUGCGUACCGUGCUCGGAGUCCCCAAACGGCGAUAUGAGCGCCGAUAACUCUUGUCCGGACGUAUCGAUUCCCCUGAGGAAUCUCUUAAAUUCUGUACAGUGUAUUCGGGACCGUGUUAAAGAUGGAGAGUCGAAUGAAUCGAGUGGCGGCUUUAACCUGCAGAAUUUCUGGGAUACGCUGAGCCAAGCAGUCAAAGCAGCUUCGCAGGAAGCCACGAAACUGAGCCUUUCCUUCUCCAAACCUCCUCUGCCUUCUCCACAGGACUGUGAGAGAUUGGCCGAGUCCAUUCAGAAAAGCGUUCUGGCUCUGUCCACAGUGUAUUACUGGCUGCCUAAGAGCCAAGGCAUGACGCUGCGCAGAGUGGUCAGAGAUGCGACGGCUGCGGUGUUAGACGGCCUGGUGCAGCUUAUAGACGUCAUCCUCAGCUCUCCCCUACAGAGUUUAUCGCAGGAACAGCUGACUUCUACAGGAGGGGUGUGGCUAUCCUGCGACCGUUUUCCUCACCUGCCUCGGGAUAACCAGGCUGCUGUGUUGGACAUCCUGGUCUCAUGUACCGCCGUGGUGAAGGAUGCCAUAGAGGAGAUGGAGCAGGCCCAGGCAGAAAGCCAGGAUCCCUUCAGCGAUGUAUUGGAGGAAGAGGACCUGGUUUCCCGGGGCAACCAGGACACAUAUUGGUCCGAGUCGGACCGGCAGCUCAUGAGUCCGUGCCGGGGCUUAAUGAAGGCGUCCGCGGCGUGCCUGAAGAAGCUGUCCGCCGCCGUCAGAGCCAACGGGAGCGUGGACACCGCCGAGAGCAUCGCGCAGUUGGACGACCUCGCCGACAUCGCCAAGGAAGUCAGCCCCAGUGUGGAUGACCUGGCCCUCAGCCUCUACCCACCUAUGGAUCAUGCUGCAGUGGAACUGAACGCUUGCAGGCUGGCGUCGGUGGUGAAGAAGGUUCUGGAGAUCGCCAGGGCGAGCCACGUGUGUAUGGAGGCGGAGCAGGGCUGGGUGCAGUUCCUGAACGGGGCGGUGGAUCACAACCUGCAGAAAGCCAAAACCCUGGCGCAGGCCUGCCACUGAGGCCCGGGUUCGAGGGGAGCGUGUGGGCGCAUGCGCGUGUGUUCAGGCACGAGUGUUCAGGCCUGCGCUCCCAACGCGUACGCCUGCGACUCCUUUCUGAAAGCAUGAAGCUUCCUCUGGUAAAAACGCAGGCUCCUGAGGUACACAGUGUACCCCUUUAUUUUCAUUACUGAAUAAAAGCAAGUAUUUAUAUAAGCUCUGCUCUGCUGUGUUUACAUUUCAUUGCAGCGUGAAAUGAUUAUGGGCAGACCAUUAAGAGCUGUGUGAAGAAAUAAAAAAAGCUUUUCUCUUCC